AAAAAAUCAAAUUUGAUGAGAAAUAGAAAUGGGCGGAGGUUAUGACUUUGUGGCUGUGGUAACAACCAAGUGGAUCCAGUUAACAAUGGGCGAUCAACAGCUUUUAUUUUUGUGUCGACAACUAAAGUUUAGUCAUGGUGUGGUGCUCAGUACCUGGAUGUGCGAACUACAAGCAAGCACAGGCUGCUGGGGUAACGUUUCAUCGAUUACCUGUCAGAGAUAUUACUCGUAGUCGACAGUGGCUGGCGGCAAUAAAGAACGCAGCCUAUGAUGUGAAUACUGCACUGGAUAAAUAUCCAAAUGUCCGUGUUUGUAGCCAGCACUUUCACCCAGAUGACUUCGAAACGGACCUGAGGUCUCAACUGAUGGGUUUGCCAGGUCGUCGCACGUUGAAAAGUGAAGUUAUUCCAUCAAUUUUCCCCUUCACUUCAAAGAGGAAGGCAUCCGAUCAGCCAACAUCAGAGCAGCAGAAAACAAAUCGAGCUGAGUAUCUGAAGAGUAUUGAAGCUCUCAUCACACCAGAGGUGGCUCCAAUAUUGCCUGGAAGGAAGAACAAAGGUGUUCUGACUCGUCCCCGUGUCCAGGAUUCUGGAACCAGCAUUGACAUUACACCUGAGAGUGCAGAUGUGUGUGUGAACAGAGUCUGUCUGCUGCAGCUCUUCCUGCUCUGCGAGAGGUGUGGCUGCGAUUGUGAUGCCAGGAUCCAGGAUGAACUGGGUUGCUUCUCUGUCGUUCAGAAGUGCCCGUUCUGCAGUCACCACAGGAAAUGGAUGAGCCAGCCCUCUUUUGCCCAGGAAACCUGUGGAUUGAAGGAAGAGGCAAUUGGAGGGACAUGGUCCCAGCCAUGUGAAGACAGAGACCCAGACCUAGAGAACAUUUGCUUGACUAUGGAAAUCACUGAGGAGUUGUGUGAACAUGAUGCUCGGUCCUCGGACGAGGAGAGUGAGGAGGACGAAAAGCCCAAGAAGCGGAAUAAGCAGGAGAGAUCAGAUGAGACCGAGUGGGAGCCGUCUGACGAGGAAGACAUUGUAGUGGACUCUGAUUCUUCUGAGGAUUUGGAAACUGCAGGUUCCUCUGGACUAACAGAAAAGGCCAACGUUGAUAAUUCUCAGAGCGGAACAGAGAAAGAAGAGAGACUUGUGGAGUGGUGCACUGACUGUGGAGCCGAGCCUGUACUCGCCUGCACCACACAGCGCCAUAAGAAGCUGUACGCCUGUGGUGUGUGUGUGAGUGAGGUCCAACAAGCUGUUGGAUUUGACCGAUUCUACAUGCAGUUUGAGGACCUCGCCAGCUUCAAGGAACAUGUACGACGUGAACACAACACAAAACCUCAUAGGUUGCUCUGUACAGACUGUGGCAUCUUUCCUCACAAGAAGGACCAUUGGUGUGAGCACAAGAUCAAGAAAUUCCACUGUGUAGACUGUGGUAAGCGCUGUAGGACUGAAACGGGUAUCAAGAUUCACAGGCACCUCCACCACCCUGACCAUGUUUUCCCCUGUAAGUUCUGCCUGCAGCCAUUCAAAACCAGGUCAGACAAACUGACACACGAUGAAAGCCAUCAUGGUGAGAUCUCUCCCUACCAGUGCUCAGAAUGCUCCGAAAAAUUUGAUGACCUAACGGCAAGGAACAGCCACCUACGAACCCACAGCAACCUGAAUAGAAACAUCUGCCACACUUGUUACAAAGAAUUUUCUAACAAAAACCAUCUGGAGAGGCACAUGAUUAUUCACACAAGGCAGAAGCCCCACAUGUGCCAGGUCUGCCAACAGUCCUUCAACCAAGCGAGCCACCUUAAGUCCCACAUGCGCCUCCACACAGGGGAGAGGCCCUUCAAGUGCCAGCAGUGUGAGAAGUGCUUCAAUCACAAUGUCAGUUUGAAGAACCAUAUCCAACGCUAUCAUGGCCUUGAGAAGAGUAUCACAAGCUGAGGGAGAGGAGACUAUCACAAGCUGAGGGAGAGGAGACUACCGCAGGCUGAGGGAGAGGAGACUACCGCAGGCUGAGGGAGAGGAGACUACCGCAGGCUGAGGGAGAGGAGACUACCGCAGGCUGAGGGAGGGGAGACGACCGCAGGCUGAGGGAGGGGAGACGACCGCAGGCUGAGGGAGGGGAGACGACCGCAGGCUGAGGGAGGGGAGACGACCGCAGGCUGAGGGAGGGGAGACGACCGCAGGCUGAGGGAGGGGAGACGACCGCAGGCUGAGGGAGGGGAGACGACCGCAGGCUGAGGGAGGGGAGACUUCCGAAGGCUGAGGGAGGGGAGACUUCCGCAGGUUGAGGGAGGGGAGACUACCGCAGGCUGAGGGAGGGGAAGGGAGAGAGAAGGUGAGGCCCAGAGGGACAUCUAGAACCGCUGGGGAAGGAAAUGUAGCUGUAGAAAACUUAGAUUGGUCACACCGGGGUUGUGUUCAUAGGGCACACCGUAGCAAAACGUUUUUCAACCGGAAAUUAAAAUGAGCUAUUUACUACGACUUUAACCAGUACUUCGUUUGUGUUGAUGUUAUAUAACAUGUAUUGAUUACUUUCUACAUAUUUUAAACAUUUGGAAUUCCAGUUGUUUUAAUAGUUGUUGAAAUAUCAUAUUAGAAAAUAGUUAUAUUUAUAUAGAGGAUUUUUGUAUUUGCUGUCAUGAGGAUGAUUUAAAGUUCCAUUUUUAAAUACUGCCUUUAUAGAUUUCCGUGCAACUUUUAAGAUUUGAAAUCGAUGUAAUAUUCAAGCUCAAUAUAAUAUCCAACUAUAUCAGUGAAUCAUAGUCCGCUCAGUUCUGUGACAUAAACAGAAUUGUUCAACA